AUAUUUCAUAUUUUAUCGUUAUGUCACUCCUUAAGAAAAUAUACUGUUGAAGAUUUUUCUUCGUCAUAAAUUUUCAUUCACAAAGAUAUAAUAGUGACAGAUAUUAUUUCUCGAGUGUGACUUUUGCUUAGAAAAGUGAGACAGUUAUUUGAUUUUAUAUAACACAAAUGUAGAAAAACAUUGUUUCGUAUAUCUCGAAUAAAUUACAAUAUAUAAACGCGAAUGCGAACAUGUCAAGAAUCUUUAGAUAAAUAUUAUAGCACACAUUUUUACCUGGAGCCUAAUGAUCGGUGGAAAUGCUUCCUCUGUCGUCAUUCCCAAAUAAUAACUGUGUGUUUCGUUUGACAGACUUUGCAUAUACGUAUAUUUCCUACGCUCCAUACUGAAAACGUAGGUCAGAUGUUAUUUAUAGCAUUGUGUUUUAUUCUCAUACACGCUUUUGUGCUACAUUUGCUAUAGCGGUUUGUAUGUAAAUUUAUUGAGAAGCUUGGAGUUAAAGCAGUUACAUGAUGCCACCAUUUUGGAGGAAUAUAAAGCAUUUCUCCUGGUUUCAAGUAGCUCAUAAACCCUGUGGCUUUCUUAAAAUUUGGCCACUUCUCAAAAUCUGGAUUGAAAGGAUCUACUUGUGCAGUAUUAUUGAGUAACCUUGUGUCAUACGGAUAUAAGUUAGAUGAAUCUUUAGGAUCAUAUAAAAUUACCCUCUUAUAUCCAAAUACCUAGACAACAAAAGAAUACAGUAACUUAAAAUGCAAAUAUCUGUUUUUACAAAUAGAAACCUUCAGUUGUUGUUUAACUUUUUUAAGAGAUUAAUUUUUGUACCUGACACAAAAAAUUAUUUUUUGCAUCAAAGUGUAAUGGUGAAACAGUUCCAGAAGGUCCAAACCAAGCAUUUAUAUCUGGUUGUUCCACAUCCUCAUUGUCUGUAAAACUACAAUACUCGGGUACUGUAAAAUCAUCUUUUAAUUCAGGAAUCUAGAAUUGUUACCGUACAGUUAUUAUUAACGAUUUUCAUGAAAGUAUUAUUAAUUUAAUCAAAUUACAUAAAAAUACAUAAAAACCUGAUCAAAAAGGUUGUGUUGAGCUAAAUAAGCAAUGUUAUUAUGUUUUGAUAAUAUAUAAUUUUCUAAAAAUUCUGAAAAAAGAAUAAGUUGCUGAGUCCAGUUUUCAUCAUUAUAACGUGAUCCAAUUUCAAUAGGUACUGUUCGAUGUCCUGCUACUUUACUUAAAUAAUUUAUAUUUUGCCAUUGUUCUAAAGCCCUCCAAUGUUUAAUACAGCCUAGAAUUAUAAAAUACAUAUAAUAACUUAAUUUUCUAAUUUUAUGAAAUAUAAUCUUUAAUAUUUUAUGGUUAAAAAAAAUUAUAUCACCUUUUAGUAAUGCUGGAACUUUAGGCAUAAAACAUUCUUUAUAAAAUAAUUCCAUUGAAGGUUCAUUAUAUUCAGCAAUGUUAGUAAAGUCAUAAAGUGCUGUAUCAACUAAUUCUUCAAAACCAUUAACUAAUUCUUUCAAAGUUGAUGCCUCCAAUACGUCUGCUAAAAAAAUAUUGUACUAAGCAUGUACAAUAUACUGAUUUUAUAAACAAUUUAUUAUAUUAGUUACAUGUUUGUUAUAUUAUACUUACUGACACUGCAAGUAUUUAACUGUGAUGCAAUUGUAGGUAAUAAAUCAGGCAUAUCUGGUAAUGGUGACCCCAAUAAAAUGCCUUUAUCAAUUUGUUGAACAAUAUUUUUUAACAAAGUCACAUUAUUUGUGACCUUUUUCUCAUCUAUGUGAUAAUAUUGAAUUUCAAGUAGUACAGCCUGUUAAAUCCCAAUUUCAAUCUUUAAUACAAUAUUCAUCAUGUCACAAUCCUGUGUACAAAUCUACAUAUUAAAAUACCUUUAGAAUAGUACAUAAUGAAUAACAAUAUCUAUAUGCUAUUGGAACAUGAUUCCAAUAACCCGAAUUUAAUGUUUCCCAUGUUCUAUCCAAACAUGCUUCAAUUAGAAUUAGUGAACUGUUUACCCACUUUUUUGAUAAAUCUCUGUUACAAAAAAAGAAGAUAUAUAAUUAUAAAAGUAUUAACAUGUUUUGCCUCAGGUAAAAUUUUUAUAUUUGUUCUAUUGUUUACAAGAUUGCACACUAAUUUAAAGUUAAAUAAAAUUUUAUUUUGCUUUCCAAUUGAUUUUGUUAAUUUAUACAAAGACCAGCUGCAUGUAUAUUCAUUAUGUAUAUACUUUUAAAUAUAACUAAAUUUGUAAAUACAUUUAUAUUUACUUUUUGUUUUCACUGCAUGAUCUUAGCUGUGUUAUUAUUGGUAGUAAAUGUAUUUUCAUCUCAGUGGGUAAAUAAUCUUGCACGGUUCCUACUAAUUCCCAUGGAAUCAUUCUUAUAAGGAACAUAUUAUCACACAUGAUUCAAUGGAGGUAUAUUGCUAAAAGAAAAAAAAAAUAAAUAUUGUGUUAAAAUUACUUUACUCAUAUAUAAAUUGCCUUUUUAUACAUAGGUUUACUUAAUAAUGGCCAUUGUACAAUUAAAUAAUCAGCUAUGUAAUAUAAAAUUUUUCCACUUAAAGAUAAUGUUUGCACUCUGCAAAAGCUUUCAAUAAAUACUAUAGUAGUUUGUGUAAUAUAAAACACUUUAAACAGGAAUGUAAUGAUACAUAAUGGGACACAAGUGCCUGGACCAUUACAUAAAAGUAAUUGUGGACGUUCUGUCCAUAAAAGUGGUAUGGAUUCCAAUAUUGCAUAGAUUGUAGUACAAACAGAUGUAUAAUAUGACUGAUGAAUUUCUCUACUUCUACGAAUUUUUAUUAUUUUAUAAUCGUUAUUGUCUUUUUCUAAUUCCUUUACUUUCUCUACACUCAUCACAUCUGUAUCAGCGUGUACAUAUAUUCGUGGUGAAUAAUUUUUUAAGUUUAAAUGAUUAAGGAUUCUUAUCAUUUCAGCAGUGUGUCCACCAGACCCUAAUAUUAUUACUGUUUUUACACGUUUCAUGAAAGCAGCUUGUACUCGUUCUGUCUUAAAUGUAGAAAAUAUCAUAAAACAAAUCCUUGUAAGAAUUGUAAUAAAGAUAAUUAUGAAAAUAUAAAUAUAGUAUAUUAUAUACAUUUUCUUGGUAUAACCUGCAAAAAUUACAACGAAAUAUAUGAAACAUUUUAAUGAGAAAUCUACUUAAUCAAAUGCUUUUACCUGACCAAACACUUGUAGGAUAAUUAGUGUAAUAAUAAAAUAUUAAUAAUGCAAUGUGAAAAAUAAAUCUUUGUUGGUCACAUUUAUUACCAAAUCUCAAUAUUGAAGCAAAAUACAACACACUACAAAGAGGUUACAUAAAAUAUUUCUGUUUACAUUACAAGAUUUAGUAGUGCUGAUGAUAAUAUAGAUUGAAUAUUAUUCCUUAUAACGUUUUUCAAGUGAUAAGAAUAUAAUUAAACAGCAUUAUAUUUAGCAGUAUACCCUCUGCUAUGAGUUUAUCAGUUCUGUGAUGCGAACUUAUACCGUGAAGGUAGACGUCUAUACCUGAUAGUGUGAACUUCUUUGGUGGCAGAAUUGUUACGACUGAAUAUAAACAAAAAGGCGAAGGAAAGAUUUACUCUUUUUAAUGAACAAGUAAUCAAGUACAUUAAUUAUGAUUCAAAUUCCUUCAAGACAAAUAAAUGUCUUACACUGGUAAACAUUUAUUUUUAUCUGUUUAUGUUUUUUCAAGAAUUUAAAUGAUAGAACGUGAUUUUUCGUAGACUACAGAUAGAUUCUUCAUAUGUGAAGAGGGUAAAACAUUUGUAUGGAGACUACAGAAAUUUAUUAAUAUAAAACCAUUUUUGAGAUAAUAGAAUUAUUGAUAUUGAAAGAAAGAAAUUAUUAACCACAAAUUCAUAAUGACAAAAAUUAUAAAAUCAAAAUUCAAUAAACAAUUGAAACCAUAUAAGAUACCUAAGAAAAAUUUAAACCUGUUACAUAAAAAAUGUUUGUACAAUUCUAAAAAUCACAAUGGAAUCAAAAUAUUUCAAGAACAGGAUGCUUUAAAUUUAAAUAACAAAGAUCUAUUAAAUAAUAUGAAAACAAAGAAAAAGAACAAAAUAUUCUUAAAAAAGCCGAAUGUUUGUGACACAGAAUUAAAUACACAAACUCAUGAAAUACAUGACGCAUCCAACAUAUCUGAUGCUAGUUAUAAUAAAAAUCUAGACAACUUUUCAUCAUCUAUGGAUUACACGACUAUCUCAUGUUGUAAUUCUAAAUUAGGUAAUAGCAAUUCAUAUACCGAUUCUUCAACCUGUAAAGAUCUGUUAGAAUGUCAAAAAGAACACAUUUAUCAUAGAAUUAAACAACUUUCAAGACAAAGGCAUAUAACAAAUUUAAAAAAGAACCAAAAAAAUAAAUUUCCAAGAAAUCAAAGAGACAUAGUACAAACAAAAUCAGAAGAUGCGGUACUUGAGUAUUCUCAAAAAGAAAAGAAUAAUGCAGCAACUUCAUAUAACUAUUUACUUAGAAAAAAUUCAACAGAAAGAAAGCAGAAAGUAGAACUGCAUAAUUUAGAGACCAAUGUUCAAUUAAAUGUCCAACACUUUAACAUUUUAAAACCAAGAACAACUGAAAAUAAGACAUUGACAAUACCAAGAAAAAAAAGAAAACAAAGUUCAGCACAGUGUAAUUUAGAACUUACAUGUGAUAGGAAUGAUCGUAAAGAAGAAAAUAAAAUUAUUGUUCCUAAUUUCCAUAAAGAAAAUUUCACAUAUGAUGCAAGAUCUAAGAAAAAAUGUUUUCUGAAUUCUAUAGACAAUAGUGUGAAAACAAGAUCAAUGACGAGAAGAGAGAAUAAAGAAUUACAAAAGAAUGUAAGUCUUGUUUCUUCAACAAUAGAUAUUCCAACAGCAGAAUUUAUCUGCAUGAAGAAACAAAUUUCACAGAAACAUCAGGAAAAUAUAUCUGCAUUCUCUUUUAAAAAUGGACAAAAGGAAGAACUAUUAAAUGAAAAUAAUGAAACACAUGUAAUUGAAGUUGAAGAAGAAACUAUAUUUCAACGUAACUUGGAAAUGACAACACAUUUUCAUAGUAAAUCUAAUACAGGUUCAUGUAAUUUACGUAACAAUAGUUUUUCUAAUAAUAAAGUACUGGAGAAUAAUGAAAAUCAGUCAUUAUUAAGUGUACAGCAGCAUGUCAAGAAAAAAAACCAAUAUGAAAUUAAUAAAUCUAUUAAAAUUGGAAAAUCUGGGACAAAUGUUCAUAGCAGAAUAGAAAAAAAAGAAAUAAUAAAAUCAGAGUGCCAUAUUCAAUUAGAAAAAGAAAGACAGGAACACUAUGGUCCUUUAAAAAAAUGUGAACGUAAUGCUAUUGAAACAUUGAAAAAAACAUAUAUCACAAAAACAUUAGAAAGCAGAAAUCCCGAGGAUUCCUUUAAAACCGCCACACAAACAAAUAGAAAUAAUGUUAAAAUAAGUGAAAAUUUUGUACUUGAUAAGAAAUUAUCAAUACCAUUAAUUAAGUUAGAAGAUCUUACUUUAUCUGAAUUAUCUCACCAACUAUAUAUUAAUUAUUAUACCAAAAAUAAGACAAAUAAUUCAAUCGACAAUGAAGCACAGUACACAGUAAGAAAUAUUGGUAAAACAAAGUGUUCUGUUCACAAACAAUAUAAAGUUACUAAAAUAAGAAGGAAUACUAAAUUGAAUCAAAUAUGUAAAAGUAUAAAAAAAUGUAAAAAUCAAAAUGCAGAUGACUUAUAUGGAAGUAAAGGAAAAGGUGACUGUGUAGGUCAGAAAGUUAAUACAGAAUUAACUACUUUUGUUUCAACAAAUCAAUUUAGUACAAAAGGAUCAAGAAAAAAAGAAAAAGGAAGAAGAGUUUCCAGGAAUAAUAUUUCAAGUUCAUCCACUGUAGAAGAAUAUUUUACAACUGAAGCAGCAUGUGAGCAACUAAGUGAGGAUCAAUAUAAAUUAAAUAUGAGUCUUGAGGAAGCAAGUAAUUCUCAGAAUCAAAUUUUGGGUGAAAGUAGUGAUUAUUUUAAUGAAAGUAUGAACAAUAAAAUGGAUACAGAUAUUAAAAAUCCAGAAUACAAAACAAAUAAAUGUGAAAUAUCCAAGAAUGAUAAAAGUAAUGAAGCAGAAACAUUACAAAAUAAUAAGUCCGAACUACAAACCAAUCAAUUAUUGCAGAAUAUUUGUAAUUUCUUUUUAGAAAAUAAGAAAAAGGAAAUUAACAGCAAAACAAUAACGAAAUCAGAAAUUAAUUAUUUAAAAAAGGAAAAGGGUAAAAUACGAAAACGUGUAGCAGUUUGUAUCAAAUGUAAACAAGUUCUUAAUCUCUUACAACAAUUUUCGGAUAAAACAAAUUUUAUGAAAGAUGAAAAAUUACAAAUUGAAUGUACACUUUGCAAUGUACAUAUAAGUUCUCUAUCACAUUUUCAAAACCAUUUAAUGAUGGUACAUUUACAAUGUGAAGGAAAGGUAUUGAGCUCGGAGAAUCAAUUUGUAGUUGAUGUUAUUGACUUAAAUGUCAUACCAUCCAAGAAGAAGGAAAAUGUAAACAAAUUUAUUUUCGAAUGCUGUUGUUGUUUAAAAUUAUAUAAAAAUCUAUGUCAUUUUAAAGACCAUAUUAAAAAAUCACAUUCUAAUUUUAAUUAUUCCACAAAUAAAACAGAGAAAUAUAAGAAGAAACAAGUAACUGAAACUUUAGAAGCAGAUACAGUAAACAAAAAUCUUAUUCCUGAUCUGAUAAAUAAUACAGCAGAAGUUUGUAAUGAAAUAGAUAAUAAUCAUAUAGAAGAACACUGUAUUAAUAAAAAUAAUAUAAAUGUGCCAGAUAGUAGUAAUUUAAUUGUAAAUGCAGGAAAAGAGCAGAAGGAAAUAAAUGAGACAGAUAUCUCAAUGAAUGACAUUUCAUCUAUUACAAAAUCACCAUAUUCAGAUUCUACUAACGAUCAAAAUAAUCAGAAGCAUAAGGAACCAGAUAUAUUUUCUAAAGCGCAUUCAUAUUAUUGUCACAUUUGUAAAAAAAGGUAUAAGAGAAAACAUGCAUUUAUUUCACACAUGUCAAAACAUGCAGAAGAUUCUAAUAAUUGUAUUGAAAAUGUGAAGGAAAUACAAGAAAUUUUACAUGACAAUAAUGAAAAUAAAGUCAAAAAUACUGAACAUUUACCAAAAACAUGUACAAACAAUUCAGAUAAUUAUUCUGACAGUUAUAAUGGUAAUGAUAUGUCAAAUUCUAUUGUCAAGGAAAAUAAGUUAGAAGAAAGAAUAUGUAAUAUUACAACACAAAAAUCAAAUGUUGAACAAAUUGAUAAUACCAAAAAUGAUAAUAUUGAAUGUAUUAAAGAGAAAGUGUCAGAAAAGGAAACUGCAUUUAAUUAUAAUUACUUAUUACGUGUUAAUUGUACAGAAAAAUUGAAAAGUGGUGUAAAGAAACAAAAAUAUAUUCAGGGUAAUGUAAACAUUUCAAAAAAGUUAAAGAUGGAAAAUACUAAACAACAAGUUGUAAACAAUGAAAUGGAAGAUAAAUUAUUAAUAAGUUAUACAAAAGAACGUAAUUUUACGUUUAAUACAGAUACAGAAGAAGUUAAAUCAUAUACACAAAAGGAGAUAAGAUGUAAUAUAUGUAAUAAUAAAUUUAAUUCCCAAAGAAUGUUAAAAGAGCAUAUGUUCUUUUUACAUGAUUCUAUUUUGGAAGAUGAAGAAGUAUCGAAUUUGCUUCUGCCAUAUCUUAAUAAUCACAACAUGGAAAAAAACGUAUCUACACAACAUGAUGCCAAUUUUGAAGACAAACGCGACGUUUCCGAAGAAGAAAUGUCAGAAAUAUUUAUGGAAAAAGGAAAUAAAAUGUACGAAACCAUAAUUUGCAAAAUGUUUAGUAAGUGCAGUAUAGAUAAAAAAAAUAAAAAAUGGCGUUGCGACCUAUGCAAGGAAAACUUUGCGUUAAUUAGAAACUAUUUACGUCACAAAUAUUAUAUCCAUAACGACACAUCUGUUGUUCAUGUCUGUGAUAAUUGUAAUAAAGUUCUCACUUCUGUUGCAAUGGUAAACAUUCAUAUUUGUUCUAAUGUGACGUCUUGGAAUUGUAUAAGAUGUAAUCUAAGUUUUGAUAAUGGUAUAUCCUUAAUGCAACAUAAUAUAAAUUACCACUUUGAAAUUGCAGGACCACAUAUAUGUAACGUGUGUUCAUUAGAGUUUCUUACAGUGCAUAUGUUAGAGAAACAUCAAUCUGUACACUCUACAGUUAAUGUUAAUACUAAUGUAAAUAACUUUAUAGAUACAUCAAUAUGUAUACAAAAUGAUUUACCCUAUGAUUCAGAUAAUUGGGAAAUUUGUGGUACUGAAUAUGAGGAAAGAAACGAUCAUACGAUGAACAAAAGAAUUAUUCCUUGCAUAAAUCAGAAUGUGAAAGAUUUGAAUAACUUGACAACUGCAAGUGAUACAUCUUUAAAUGAAUAUACGAAUUCAAAUAUAUCUUUGGAGUCUAAUGUAGAAGAAACGUUUAAAUGUAAACUUUGCAAUGUAGUAUUCCUUACAAAGAAACAACUGAGAUUUCAUUUCGAGAAAUGGCAUAAUCUUAAUGCAGAAAUAUGUGAACUUUGUAAUCGCCUUUACAUCGCAGACGAAUUAACAAACCAUAUAAUAAAUGUACAUAUUGUUCUGAGUGAUUUCAAUUUAAGAGAAAGUAAUAUUCAUUUACAAUUGAAAUAUAAUAAUGUAGAAAAUUUUCAGCAUAAUCUAGUGAAGCUUAUGGGACUGAAACGUCUUAUUACUCUUUACGAGUAUCAAAGAUUUGAUAUUGUUCCAAAAGAGAAGUAUUUUAACUGUGUAUUGUGUUUGACGAAAUUUUUGAAUAUACAGUCUUACAGAAUACAUUAUCUAAGGUUUCAUGAUACAAUAUGUCUGCUAUGUAAUACCGAAUUUAAAAACCAUUAUCAAGCAUUUGAACAUAAAAUCAAAUUUCAUGUAUCAAUUGAUUCAUAUCUUUGGGUAAUAAAAAAAAUAACUACAACUAUUUUACAGUCUAAUGAACAUGAAAGUACUUUGGAAGAUAUUAUCCUACAAUGUAGUGAAACAAGAAUAUAUGACAAUGAAAGAUGUACACCUGAUUUGUUUUCUUUAAACAAUAAUAAAUUUAACAUAUUAGAUGAUAAGGAAUUCUUGCAUACAUCGGAAAGCAAUGCGAAUUCUAUGUAAUUAUCUGGAAAUGUUACCAUUGCUACAACAAAUACUCUAAACCAGUAUAUUCAUAAGUACGGAGCUUUAUUUAAAUAAUUAAAAAAAUAAGGAAUACAAUAUUCUCUGUGUCAUUUUAAUCAAAGUAAAAUAUCUAUAAUUUUGUGUUACUAUUUAUUGUGAGUACUUUGAUUUCUUUGUGGAAACUUAGUACAUAGGAAAAGCCUUAGAUAACUGAUUAAAUAACAGGACAAUGUAAAAGUUUAAAAAUUUAUAAGCGGUUUGAUAUCAAAAUUUUUCAUGUACCUAGGAUUCUGAUUUUUGAAUUUACUGUUUUGCAUGUUAUAUUUAAAAGUAAGAUUUGUUCUCAAAUUGUAAU